AACUUGCAACCAGAAUGACAUUUUGACACUCUCUUAUCCAUCCACUAACUAGACAACGCAAGAUUAAUGCUAUUUUUUUGUUGGGUCAAACAAAUGCUAUUAUCCAUGUUGAAAUCAAAAUUACCAAAAACAAUCCUCGGAUGAUCGUUUUGGUUGUAGGAGUCAGCUACGGCAAAGAAAAUUAUUGAUAAGUCCUUUCUCUUAUAAACCUAGCCGCUUUUUUAGAUCUGAGGGAGAGGUUGCUCCUCCGGCAACUUUGUCGGCGAGUGUGUGACUUCUCCCUCCCCAUCUCUACUUCUGUUCUUCACUGCCGGUGUAAUGUCCUUCGGCGAAGCAGUGGUGGACAACCUUCCUUCUCCGGCGGAGUCGAGGCGUGGUUUUUCCGAUGCUUGAUGCGAACGGUGGCAGAGUUCACGGUGGUCACGAGAUGGAUAUCCUCCGAUACUGCUUCUGGUUGAGGGCGCUGGAGGUUUCGGGGAGAAGAUCUCACGGCUCGACUACAUGUGAAUGAUGUUGUGGUUUGUUGCGGAAGUUGAGUAUCGGAUGGUGGGUUCUCUGCUUGACAAGCGGUUUUCGACGGGUCCUUUUUUGAUCUGCGAUGGCUAAUCUCGGGGCUUGGUGGUUGAAGGUUUGACGGAGCCAUCUCCCUUCUCCACUGCCGAGGUAAGUUUCUGCUUGUCCGGAUCUGAAGACUGAAGUUAGGUGUGUUUUUGGAUGAGUUCGUUUUGGUGACGGCGUUGGUGGUGAGGGUUAGGUUUUUGGUCUCUCCUUUUGCUUGGUCGGGGAUUGGAGAGUCAAGGUUGCGGCAGUCUCUGGGUUGAUCUAUCUCGGGAGAGUUGUUCCGGGUUUGGCUUGUCGUCGGAUUCGGCUCGAGAUCGGAUUCGUUUACUCCGGUCGACGUUCCGAUGUGCCGUCGCUCUUUUUCCGACGUUGUUACCAAAUUUCCUCAUCUUUUUUUGUAACUGUUUAGCCUGAUGGGCCCAAAACCGAGAAGCCCAAUUUGGGAUGAUUAUUAAUAUAAGUUUAUUAAAAAAAAAAUUAUUGAUAAGCUAAUCUCCAUCUAACUAGGAAUUUAUUUAUUAUUUAAUACUUAUAUAACUCAAGGACCUAUAUGUAAUAUCAGUAGAUAAGAUUUCCCACACAAUUGAGUAUUUCUUAAUAUCAAAUUCAAAACCCUAGCAAAUUCGUUCGUCUCUUUCGAACUCUCUAGUCACUUUAGUCAAUCGCCGAUUUCCAUAAGAUCCGACUCACGGUUGAGAAAAAUGGGGGUCACGUCAUCGUCAUCCAAGGGGAUUGCCGACGAGCUCAAUAUGCGAAGCGACCAAUUCCCGUGGGAGAAAAUUGUCUACACGAAUCUGGAAGACAGGCCGGAGAAACAGAGAGUUUACUUUCGAGCGACUGUGGAAGCUGCUGUAGACGGGCUGCUCUACGCUGUAUUACCGCCGAAAGUGGGAGAGUCAUCAACUGAUCAACCAAAGGAAGGAGAUACAGAGAAGGACGACGAACUACUUGUUGAGCGGUUCUGCGAAUUCAUGAAAGGAGGUGAUUGCAAAGAAUCAUUUAAGACUUUGGAAGAUUGCGUGAAGGAAAGUGGUAGUGUUUUAAAGUGUACUAAACACCUCCCGAUGCUGAUCAAGUGUGUAGAUGCUCACUCUGAUUACUAUAAGCCCAUUAUCGCCCUGGGGGAAUCUACUGUGGAACAGUUGGCCAAGGAUGUCGAAGCCUUCGUCCUCUCGCAAAAGGUACCGGCUGCGAGGGAUGAUUGAGAGGAUUUCGGUAAUUUUUCUUGUUUACGGGAAUAAUCAAUAUUGGAUUUGGUUUAAUAUUGGUCAUUGUCACUAGACGUCUUCAAAACAGAGAUGUAAAAUAACAUGAACGUGUACACAAAAGCCUCAACAUCUAGCUUCAUCAACAAUCCAAGAGUGAGUGUAACCAUUCCGGUACUCCCAAAUCCAAAUAUGACACUAAAACCCUUCUUCUUUUGUUACACUCUGAUUUUUUUUAUUAUAACAAAUCUCUGGCUGUAGACACCGCGAGAGAACUAAAACCCUUUAUUCUCUUUGCUUAUACCUUUGCUUAUAAAUAAAUGUGUGUAGUCGUUUCCGUUA